AGGACAUCCCAUCCUCUCCCCUCCGCAUCGGCGCAUCGCUCGCUGGCCUCCAUCCGUCUGCAUCAGUCCCUUCCAUCAGCACGCCGUGCAGUCGCUCGCCACCGGCGCUGUGGCCAAAUUGAGCCGAGAAGGACGUUCCACAACAUCCCAUUUCGGUGCCGUUGUGCUCCGGGUCCAGCCAACGGCUGCCUCGGUGUCCCCAAAAUCCGCUGGACCGAAAUGAAGGAGCAGGAAAAAAAAAAAGAUCGCAGCCAUAUCUACGCUGCCCAGCGGCUGAAUCGAACUUGUCCCCCCCUUUCUCGCCUGCAUCGCCGUUUCUGCGACGAUCCUCUGGCAUCAGACCGCUGUGCACCCUCCCCCCGCCAUGUCCGAGUCCCACAAAGUCGAACAGCUCGAUUCCCCCGACCUCGCCGACCAGGUCGAGGAGCACUACCCAGAAGGCGGCGCCGAGGCCUGGCUCGUUGUGCUUGCCAGCUUCCUGGUCCACUAUGCCGUUCUUGGCCGCCAGACAUCCUUUGGCGUCUUCCAGCAGUUCUUUGUCGCCGGAAACACCUUUCCCGGUUCGACCAACCUGGCCAUCUCUUUCAUUGGUGCCAUUAGCAUCUCGGGUCUGCCGCUGUUUGGCAUCCUCGCCGGCAAGCUCGCUGACCGCUAUGGCUACCGCCUGAUCGGCCAGCUGGGCACGCUGUUCAUCGCCACCGGCUACAUUCUCGCAUCGUUCUCGACUCAAAUCUGGCAUCUGUAUUUGACCUAUGGCGCCCUGGUCGGCUUUGGAUGUUCCCUGGCGUACUUCCCCGCGAUCACCAUCAUCUCGCAUUACUUCAAGAUCAAGCGCGGAACGGCGAUCGGAUUUGCGGCCGCAGGAUCGGGCAUUGGCGGACUGACCAUCAGCCCCAUGGUUCGGGCUAUCAUUGUUGCUUGGGGAUGGCCCUGGGGCUUCCGAUUCAUUGGCAUCAUGUGCUUUGUCUUCUGCGGCGUUGCUCCGUUCUUCUACAGGCGAGGCGCUGCUCCCAAGAAGCAAACCGAGAAGAUUGACUACAAGAUCUUUAUGAACCUCAACUCGCUCUGUCUGGCGUUUGUUCCUCUGUUCUUCAACUUUGGCUUCUUCAUCCCGUCCUUCUUUGUUUCCACCUUUGCCGUUUACUACGGCAUGACCGCCGACCAGGGUGCUCUGAUCAUCGGCAUCCUCGGUGGUGCUCAGGCCGUCGGGCGUAUCCUUUUCGGCUUUCUGGCCGACCGCCUCGGUCGAAUCAACAGCUUCGCCAUCACCGCCACCAUCUCUGCCAUCUCGGUGAUGGUCCUCUGGCCCUUCUCCACCAACUUUGGCUUGCUCAUCACCUUUGUCAUCAUCUACGGCAUCUUUGCCGGUGGCUUCAUUUGCCUCUUCCCCCUCGUCAUCAGCGAGCUCUACGGAUCCAAGAACCUUGCCACUAUCACUGGCAUCCUGUACUUUGGCUACACCUUUGGCGACAUGGCCGGCACUCCUCUGGCUGGCUUCCUCAUCGACCAGCGCACCUGGAUCGUCAACGGGCAUAAGGUCAUUGACUUUGUUCCAGGCAUCCUCGUUGGCGGUGCCAUGAUGUUGGUGGCCGGUAUUUUGAUCACCGUCAUCAAGGUCCGACUGAACAAACGCUUCCUUGGGCGCAUCUAAGAUAGACUUUGCUGGGGAGCCGCAUGCAAACACGCGCAUCGUCCAUGGACAGGUUAUUUCACUGCUGAAUUGGCAGCACGUUAUUCAUGUGUGUGUGGAAUUGCUGCUGGCCUUGAUUCAAUAUUGCAUCAGCCGCGCGAGUUUCAAUAAGUACGAGCUCACAUCUGCGGAUAUCUAGGAUACUUUGGCUCGAUUUGACGCUGUUGGCAAGACAACAAUGU